AUGAGAUGUGCUGUCAUCUCUCAUAUUCCCAGUGGACAGACAUACUACUUUCCAUGUAGCUCCAUGGAGGGACGCUACGUCACUGUGUUUCUACCAGGAAGUGAAAAUGUCCUUAGCAUCUGCGAGGUUGAAGUUUACUAUGGAUACCCAUUACCCAAUGUGGCACUCAAAGGAGAGGCUACCCAGUCAUCUACACUCUCCUUUGCCACUGCGUCCAAAGCCAUCGAUGGCAGACGGAACUCGUUCUAUAGCAAUGGGUUCUGUAGCCACACGGCUGAAGACGAGACCGACCCCUGGUGGAGGGUGGACCUGCAGCGAAGCUUUACAAUCACUGCUGUAAAAGUCACCAACAGAGGAGACUGCUGUGCUGAAAGACUGGAUGGAGCUGAGAUCAGAAUAGGAAACUCACUGGAGAACAAUGGAAACAAUAAUCCCAGGUGUGCUUCCAUCUCACAUAUCAACGCGGGUAAAACCUACACAUACCGGUGUGAUGGAGGCAGCAUGGAGGGUCGCUUUGUGAACGUGUUUCUUCCUGGACAGAAGAAGACUCUCACCCUGUGUGAAGUGGAGGUGUAUGCUGCCUCAGCAGUCACUGCUGUCACCAUCAUCAACAGACAAGACUGUUGUUCUGAAAGACUUCUUGGGGCACAGAUCCUGAUUGGAGACUCACUGGAGCAGAAUGGCAACACAAAUUCCAGGUGUGGCGUUCUGGAAUCUUUAGCGGGUACACCAACAUACACAUUCCAGUGUAAUGAAAUGAAAGGUCGCUACAUCAGUGUGAUCAUACCAGGAUCUCCGAAAGUUCUGACGCUGUGUGAAGUGGAGGUGUUUGCUUCUCUGCCUGCACCAGAAGCCAUCAUUCCUUCACCGACACCUCCACCUCCUUCCAGCCCUCCUCCCACUGUGAGCCUGCAGCUUGGUGGCAGGAACGUGACGGUGGUGGGAGAGAGGCUCUGCUGGUCUGAUGCUCUGAUGCACUGUAGACGUUAUUACUGGGAUCUGCUCAGCCUUCACAGCCAACAGGAGCAAAGCGAGUUGGAGCAGCUGCUGAGCCUCGUUCCUUUCUCCCUCACAGACCAUGUCUGGAUGGGACUGCGCAGCUACUCCAGCACCUGUGGAGGCGUGGCCAGCAUGGACCACUUCCUCUGGCAGGACCAGCCCUGUGGAGAGAACCUCAACUUCAUCUGCCAAUCAGGUGCUGACGAUGCUGUGCAGAGAGUUCAUUUCUACAGCACGAAGGAUCCUAUAAGUCCUUAG